AUGGAAAAUCGUGACAAUAAUAACGUUGCUUCCAUUGUUGAUAGUGUUAGCAGCAGAAGUACAUAUAGUACAAGUAAUAGCACUGAAGAAUAUAAUGAUGUCAAUAUCACCAAGGAGGAUCAGCCGGCUCAAGACAGUAACUUUGAAUAUGCGGCUUCAACAAUUACAAAUCCCAGGGAACAUUAUUUCCAAGGGAGCGCACUAAAAGAAUAUCUAUUUAUCAUGACAGCAAUGUUAACACAGGUUUUGAAUCAAAGUGGUACUACUCAGACAUUAACUUUAUUUAAUGUCUUGAGUAAAAGUUUUAACAGUAGUACUCAACAAUCAAGUUGGCUUAUGGCUUCGUUUCCAUUGGUGUCAGGGUCCUUUAUUUUGAUCAGUGGCCAAUUAGGUGAUAUAUAUGGCCUAAAAAAAGUCCUAAUGUUUGGAUACGUCAUGAUUUGUAUAUGGGCCCUUAUCGCCGGCCUUUCGAUGUAUGCUCAUAAUUCAGAGUUUUUCAUUGUUUGUAGAGCUUUUCAAGGUUUUGGCAUUGCAUUUAUUUUACCUAACGUUAUGGGAAUAGUUGGCAAUAUAUAUUUACCAGGUACUCAAAAGAAAAACAUGGUUAUUAGUUUAAUUGGAGCAUGUGCUCCUAUAGGUGCUACUUGUGGUACGUUUUGGUCAGGCUUGAUAGCCCAUUAUAGUUCCAAUUGGGCCUGGACAUUUUAUGCAUAUUCUAUAUUAAGCUUUCUAUGUUUAAUUGCCGUUAUAUUUUGUGUUCCAUCAAAUAUACCUAAAAACACUAGAAAUAUUAAGAUGGACUGGAUAGGUAGUUUUAUUGGUGUUGUUGGAUUAAUUUUAUUCAAUUUUGUUUGGAAUCAAGCUCCAAUAGUUGGUUGGAAUCAAGCAUAUUGUAUUGCUUUACUUAUUAUAGGAUUUGUAUUCAUAAUAUUGUUUUUUAUUUAUGAAUUAAAAUUUGCCCAAUACCCCUUGAUACCUAAAGCUAUAUUUCAUAAUCACAGGCUUCUGUUAAUUUUGACGGCUGUAUUUUUGGGUUGGGGUUCAUUUAGUAAUUGGAUGUUCUACUAUGUUAAUAUUUUGUUAAAUUUAAGACACUAUUCUACUUUAUGGACGGGUGGUACAUACUUUGUAUUUUUCAUAUUUGGUUUUAGUGCUGCUUUAAUUGUUGGAUUUACCAUCAAAAGAAUAAAUCCUUCAAUAUUAUUAUUUUUUUCCAUGUGUGCUUUUACUACCGGUUCAGCAAUGUUGUCGGUUGUUCCAGUUCAUCAAAACUUUUUCAGAAUGACUUUUGGAAUGAUGAUAAUUUUAAGUUUUGGUAUGGAUUUUUCUUUUCCAUCCUCUUCCAUUGUAUUAAGUGAUGAAUUACCAAGAGCAAAUCAAGGGAUGGCCGGCUCCUUAGUUAAUACAAUGAUCAAUUAUGGGAUGUCAUUGUUUCUUGGCUUUGGUACUACGGUUGAAGCAGAAGUUAGAAAAAAACACCCAGAUGAUGUAUUACUUGGCUAUAGAGCUGCUUUAUAUUUUAGCACUGGACUAGCUGGAUUGGGUAUUUGUGUUGCUGCGGUUUAUAUGAUUGAACAUUUAUUGUUUGCAAGACUGAAAACAAAUACAGAUAAAGACAAUGGCGAAAACAACAAUUUUGGCAUGUUGGAAGCAGACAAGAAUGAAAUAUCAAAUUAA